AUGAAAGGAAAAUUAGUAUAAUCCUUAAUCAAUCUAUUUCCAAAUCAACAUUAGGAAAAAUUAAUCAAAUGUGUGUUUAUAAUAGGAUUUGAUAAGCUUAUAAAAAAGGGUUUUCUAUUAAAUGGUAAACCUAAGCUUCAAGAAAUAAUAGAUUAUUCAAUUAAAUUGGAAAAAAGCGGAAGAUUAGACUUUGCUGAAUAACCUUGCGAUGUAAAACAUGAGUUGGAUCAUCUAAAGGAUGAAAUAAGUAGGUUGACUUCAUAAAUAUAAUAUAAUAACUCAAUGAUUCAAAAAUAAACCCAAAGAAGCUAUGAAAGGUUAAUAUUAUAGAAUGUUUCCCCUCAAUAUGAUGAAAGAAAAAGGUCUGUAUCAGUUGGAUAUAAAUAAUAAUAGCAAUAAUUGAUUAAAAAAAAAACUAAAGAAAUAACUCCGAAAAUUACAGAAACUAUUCCUUAGACAAUUAAUCAAAUUAAUAUUACAAUUUCCAAACAUCAUUUAGAUGAUACAGAAAUAAAGUCAGUAAUGAGAGAUGAUUAAAUAAGAAUAAAACCUCCUAAGCCUAGCAAACUGAAUUAGGAUUAAAUUUUCAAAAAACAUAAUCAGAUUGAAUAUCAGUGCAUAGACACAGAAGAACAUCCCACAUAUAUAGAUACUGAGAGUGUGCCUAUGAAGGAAUAUUGCAUUCCUUAAAUUCUUUAAUACUCAAAUCUAUAAAGUAGUUAGUUUUCAUAGAAUCAUUAACAACAAGAGUUAUAACAACAAGCAUAGUCUAACCAGUUAUAAUAACAAUCAUUUAAUUAAUUGCAACCAACCUAGAUAUAAUAACUGAAAUAAUCUUAAGUUUCGUAUUAGUCAAAUACAAGGUAGAGUGAUCAUUAAACCCAUAAUACAAAUUAAACUUUUUCAUAGCCUUAUUCAAGCUAAAAGCAUUGUGUUCAACCUUCUAAAUCUCCAAAUAGUUAAUCAAAAUCUAGGAGUAAAUCUCCAAAAUUUAAGAAAUAAAAAAAGCAAACUUGUAAAAACAAUUUAGACACUGUACAUGAAGAAAGUUUUACAAUAGCAAAACAUUAAAGCAGUCAUUCAGCUUCAUCCAAGGGAAGGGGAUCCCACAGAUAAUAAAAAGCUCAAUAAAAUAAUCAAGCUGUAUCUAAGAUUAAAGCACUUUUGGAUUAAGAUAAGAAAAUAUACAAAUAGCACUUAUUAGAUAUGGCAAGUGAGAGAAGAUCGUUCUUAAAUAAUUCUGAAAAGAUGAAAAGAAUUUAAGAAGAAAAUGUAACGGGCAAAAGCUAAUCAAAAUAUUAAGAAACUAGCGAUUAGUUGAAUAAAAGAACUCUUACAAAUAAUAGUUUUUAUAAAUAGUAAUAAAACGAGUAAAUUUCACCGUUGUUAGAUUCAGAAUCUAAAGGUCAAGGUCUAGAUCCAUUAAAUCAGUUUUAAGGGUCAUAUUCAAUGACAAGUUCAAAUCGUGUUGGGAAUUACAUCAUUAAUCCGCAUUAAUAAGAUAAUAUACUAAUUUAUGGCAAAUACAAAUAAUCAAUAUUUGAUCAGUACUCUCCUAAAGUAAAAUAUUAAGCAAGACCCUAAAGUGUGGGUAAAUAAUUGGAGAGUGACUUUAAAAGAUCGAAUGAUUUCAAUAGGAGUUCAUUUAGUAGUACAUUUUCAAUGUUUAAUCCAAACGAGGAGUUGAAGAUAUUCUUUUAGAAUGAUUUUCUUGAAAGGAAGAGAUAUUUCCCUUAAGGGUAUAGUGAUAUGACAAAAUAAUCAUCUCUAAAUUCCUCGUAAGAUUAUAAUUAGCAUUAAAGCAAAUAUAUUAGCACAAGUCAAAUUGAAGAUCAGCAGAACUAAAGUAAGAACGUAUUUAGUCCUCAAUAAUAUUAAAAUGUUGAUAAGUCAAAUGUCUUCAAUAAUAAUAGGCUUAGUGUAACUAGAAUACUAAACAAUUCAUAAAUAUGA